CCUGAACAUCCCUUCAGACAGUCAAAGGAUACUGAAGAGAGGCUAAAGGUCAUACCCAAAUUCUGCUUUCCAGAUCCCAAAGACUGGUUUCCUGCAUCAGACCUUAAAAGUGAAACCUUUUCCUUUGUGCUGACGGGUGAGGAUGGCAGCCGCUGGUUUGGGUACUGCAAGAAGCUCCUGCCAGAAGGGAAAGGGAAGCGCCUGCCCGAGGUGUACUGUAUCGUGAGCCGCCUGGGCUGCUUCAACCUCUUCUCCAAGAUUUUGGAUGAAGUGGAGAAGAGGAGAGAGAUGUCCCCAGCCCUCGUCCACCCCUUCAUGCGCAGUGUGAUGGAGGCUCCUUUCCCUGCCCCAGGACGCACGAUCACCGUCAGGAGUUUCCUGCCAGGAGCAGGAGAUGAGGUGAUGGAGCUGUGCCGCCCCUUGGACUCUCGGCUCGAACACGUUGACUUCGAGUGCCUGUUUCAGUGUUUGAGUGUCUCCCACACCAUUCGGGUCUUUGCCUCUCUCCUGCUGGAAAGGAGAGUCAUCUUUGUGGCUGACAACUUAAGCACUCUGUCUAAAUGUGGCCACGCUGCAGUCGCAACGCUUUACCCCUUCACCUGGCAGCACACCUACAUCCCAGUCCUGCCAGCUUCUAUGAUUGAUAUCGUGUGCUCUCCGACCCCGUUCUUAAUUGGCAUUCUCUCCUGCUCCUUGCCACAGCUCCAGGACCUGCCCAUAGAAGAGGUUCUGAUUGUUGAUCUUUGUGCUGACAAGUUCUUGCAAGAGGUAUCAGAUGAAGAUGAGAUCCUGCCUCAUAAACUCCAGGCUGCACUUGUACAAGUCUUGGAAGAACGCAGUGAAAUCCUGUCAAAUGGGCAGAGUGACACACAAGGUGAGAUGACUCUGAACUCCCUGGUGUCCGAAGCUUUUGUGCAGUUCUUUGUGGAGAUUGUUGGCCACUACUCCCUGCACAUGAAUGUCACAGAGAAGGGGGAGAGGGUGUUCCAGCGGGAGCUGUUCCGGAAAUCCCACGCGUCGCGCAACGUGCGGCAGUUCCUGCACUUCUUCAUGGAGACACAGAUGUUUGCAGGGUUCAUACAGGACCGAGAGCUCAGCAAGAACGUGGUCAAAGGCCUUUUUGAGGUUCGUGCCUUGGAGUAUUUGGAGAGUAUUCCAGAAACAGAACGAACUGGAAUGAACAAAAUCCUUCGCAGUCUUGGCAGUAAAAUGAAGUUUCUACAGAAGAAGUGA